AAGAUGUACUUCUGUGACAGUGUUGUUAAUUGUAAUAGCUAGCUAGAUCUAUAGCUACAACAAUUUACAUGUACCAGCUCAUGAUUAGGCUGCCAAUUCUUUUAUUGGCACUAGCUGCUGUGUCAGCUGGCCAACUUCUUUGUGGUAAUGGAGACAUCAGGCUGGUUGCAAUUGGUGGACAGAGCAGCUUUGAAGGACGCAUUGAAGUGUGCUGGAAAAAUGAGUGGGGCACUGUCUGUGAUGAUGAGAUAGUCUCACGAGAGGCUAUCGAAAACUUUGCCACUGUAGUGUGUAGACAACUGGGACUCUUGCCUGUGUCUGUAACGACAGGAGUAGCUACACAAAAUCUCUUUGGUCCGGCAGUAGGACUUCCUAUUCAUCUUGAUGGUGUGCAGUGCAGUGGUGAUGAGGGAGGGAUAAUUGACUGCUCACACAAUUCUAUUGGUGUUCAUGAUUGCUCGCAUUUUGAGGAUACAGGAAUUAUUUGCAAUUCAAGUUGCAUUGAGAACACUAUUCGAUUGGCUGACAGUGACUCGUACAAUACUGGCCGAGUAGAUUUAUGCUACAAUCAGUCCUGGACCACACUGUAUGAUGCCAGUAUCACACCUGAGGUAGCGACUGUGGCAUGUAGACAGCUGGGAUUCUCAGACUCGGGUGCAGUACCACUUGCAAGUGGGGUUUUUAGAGCAGGUUUUGGUAACGUUCUUAACAUUGACUGUGUGGGUAAUGAAAUACAGCUUUCUGAGUGUACUGUGUCACUGCACGUGUCACUGCAUGCCAACUACGACCACACUGAUGAUGCUGGUGUGGCCUGUGAGAGAUGUGUUGAUCGCUGUGACCUUGGUUCCACCCGGGAGGUCUGUGUGACUACUAGUCCACCUGAUCAAACUACAGAGACACAAGGAACAGUACCACGGACGGACAAUCUGGGCAUGACUGGGGCUGCUGUAACCUGUUUCAACGAUAAUAUUAUACUUGGUGCUUUUGUUGGUGUUCUGCUUGUGGUCCUCAUAGCUGUGAUUAUCGGAUGGAUUGCUACUUGCAUACUCAUGAGAGCCAAAAUAAAAUCAGGAGAAUACAUUAUGAAUGAUCAGAUGGUACCCAUGGAUAAUGGGAACUUUGUGAGAGAAUUUCGAAACUCAAUGUAUGGUGAUGAUGGAUACGAGAAUGUUCCUCCUGCAGGCUCCCUAGCAGAACUGGAUUUGUCAGGACGUUUUGUUGUCAACAAUUCUUAUGGUAAAGUUAACUGCUGUGAGGAUGGAGAUGGGAUAUCUGAUAAAAAUCCCUAUGCUGAUCCCAACGAAUUCAAAGGCUCACGGUCGAGUGCUGCAUCACCUGAAUUAUUGGACAACCCACUCUAUGAAGUAGUGGAGGAAAGCAGUUUAAGCACAGGAAAUAGAGAACCUGGCCAAAGGGAGUAUGGAAUGCUGGACGAAGAGAGGAAUGGACCCGAGGGUCCUGUCGAGUCAAGACCAAGGAGGAACAAAUCUAGCACUUCUGCAGAGGAGUACUCUGAACUAGAGAGAUAAAUCUGUAUCAACAUACAUGCACAGUCAUGCUAUUAUUGUCUAUAUUGCAGAAGCAUUGUUCAAUGUCACAAUGACAUUCCCUUUACGUUGUAUAAUAAUGGUCAUGAUUUGCAGUGCACAAA